CGGUUGCUCUCGCCCCGCCUCUCCCUGAGAGCUUCGAGGCGGCGCAGCGCAGGCCUCGUGCGGUAACGGCCUCCGGGCAGCCGCGGUGGCGUCCGGGUGCAGACCUCAGGCGACGAGAGCCGCGGGCUCGGCGGAGGGAAGUCCUGAAACUGCUGAAAGAUGGCUGAAGAAGCGGUGGUGGUGGCCAAAUUUGAUUAUGUGGCACAGCAAGAACAAGAGCUGGAUAUCAAGAAAAAUGAGAGAUUAUGGCUUCUGGAUGAUUCUAAAUCCUGGUGGCGAGUUCGAAAUUCCAUGAAUAAAACAGGUUUUGUCCCUUCUAACUAUGUGGAGAGAAAAAAUAGUGCUCGAAAAGCAUCUAUUGUUAAAAACCUGAAGGACACUUUAGGCAUUGGAAAAGUGAAAAGAAAACCCAGUGUUCCAGAUACAGCGUCUCCUGCUGAUGAUAGCUUUGUUGAUCCAGGGGAACGUCUCUAUGACCUCAACAUGCCUGCUUUUGUGAAAUUUAACUACAUGGCUGAGAGAGAGGAUGAGCUGUCAUUGAUAAAAGGGACAAAGGUGAUCGUCAUGGAGAAAUGCAGUGAUGGGUGGUGGCGUGGCAGCUACAAUGGACAGAUUGGAUGGUUUCCUUCAAACUAUGUAACUGAAGAAGGUGACAGUCCUUUGGGUGACCAUGUAGGUUCUCUGUCAGAGAAAUUAGCAGCAGUUGUCAACAAUCUGAAUACAGGUCAAGUACUGCAUGUGGUACAGGCUCUUUACCCAUUCAGCUCAUCCAAUGAUGAAGAACUCAAUUUUGAGAAAGGCGAUGUAAUGGAUGUUAUUGAAAAGCCGGAAAAUGACCCAGAGUGGUGGAAAUGCAGGAAAAUCAAUGGCACGGUUGGCCUGGUGCCAAAAAACUAUGUUACUAUUAUGCAGAAUAACCCAUUAACUUCAGGUUUGGAACCAUCACCUCCACAGUGUGAUUACAUUAGGCCUUCACUCACUGGAAAGUUUGCUGGCAAUCCUUGGUAUUAUGGCAAAGUCACCAGACACCAGGCAGAAAUGGCAUUAAAUGAAAGGGGGCAUGAAGGAGACUUCCUCAUUCGUGAUAGUGAAUCUUCGCCAAAUGAUUUCUCAGUAUCACUAAAAGCGCAAGGGAAAAACAAGCAUUUUAAAGUCCAACUGAAAGAGACAGUUUACUGCAUUGGGCAGCGGAAAUUCAGCACCAUGGAGGAACUUGUAGAACAUUACAAAAAGGCACCGAUCUUUACAAGUGAACAAGGAGAAAAACUGUAUCUCGUCAAACAUUUGUCUUGAUACUCAUCAGCAGUGACUGCUACACAGCUUUAACUCGUCAUGUAAUUGAAGACUGAGCGUGUUGGGCCAAUUUUACUUGCUUGGAAAGUGCUGUUUCUAACUGUAUGAGAACUGACUGUAAUACAUGAGUAUUUUUGUUAUAACUCAACCCAUACAUAUAUCUACAUAUGCAGUGCAUCUAUAUAGAAAAGUUCUUUAUUCUUGGUCUUCUAUCUUACUGUCUUUGCUAUUUUUCUUUUUCCUUCUAACAAAGUUUUGUAUUAAAAAAAAGAAUAAUUUGGUUCAAAAAUCUUUAUAUGGAAGAAUUCUUUUACUGGUGUUACUUUAUUUCCUUGUAAAGGUAUCCUGUUCUCCCAUAGUUCCUCUUCACAUAAAAAUCAUAUCUAUAUGGCAUAUGCUGAAAUUCAUUUCUUGUAAAGUGUUAAUCUUUUCUGUGACUAAAUAGCAAUAAUAAACAAAACUAGAAAUUA